AUGAUCGAGACACGGUCUGUGAUUGGCUGUUAUUUAUCCUCCAAUCAGAUGGAUGCUCCAGAACUGUCAACCGUCGCCGGAGUUUGCAUGAAGCCUGGCGCCAUCCAUCUAAUUCGCCCGCCCAACUGCAAAUGUAACGAGGCCAUUGGGAUGCAACCAGACUGGGUCGAGAGGUUUUAUCCUAGCUGUGACUUUGAAUUUGUGCCCUCUCACAUCACUUCUAUAGGCUCAAGCCUCAACUCCGUUGCGGUCGAGGCAACGAAAGACACAUGGAUAAAGAAACAACUCCUUACCAUCGAAGCAAUUGAGACACUGCCUUUUCAAACGCUGACCUGCAACGCCCGACGGCUCUCUAAAGUUGCUGGCAGGCCCAUCGCCGGUACUCAUCCUCAGGAUUGUGUCGCACCGGAAUCUGUGUCAUCAAAAGUUCUUCUGUUUGGAAUGCCGGUGUCAAACCCCACAUGGGAAGAGCCAAAUAUAUGUGUACCUCCCAUAUUUGAUUUUGUCAGAGAGCAAAGGGAUAGAAAGGAAGAUAGAACUUUGUGGCACAGAGUGCUUCAAAGCAUUUGCAUUUUGUUUUCCUGCAAUGGCUAUCAAAUGACAAUCAGUGGGAGUGUGCGGGAUUACUGCGUGGAUGGGACAGGAGACUACAGUGGUUUUGUUGUUGGUCAUGGUCUGAGAGAGCAAGGAAGCGGCAGGACAAAGAGCUGCCACACGGAGACAAAAAUUAAGGAUUAA